CCUUUCUUCCUUCCCAAACGCAUCUUCUCUCUCCAGUCGGGCUCCCAACAAAAAAAAAAAUCACUGCUCACUCACUCACUCACUCACUCACUCACUCCAACCCACCACAACACAACAGCAGAACCCAUUCCUUCACCAAAAUCUUCGUCACAUUCUCACUGCACCAUUCAUUGGAUCUGACUCAGACCAAAACAAAACCCAUUCUCCUCUCUCCUUCUUCGGGUUGGUUGAUCCAAAUGGGAAUGCCCCGUAAGCCAUGACCCAAGAAACCGUGGACCACGACCACCAACAAGACGACGACACCGAGUCUUGCUUUUUCCACGACUCCAACGACCGUUUACUCUCCUCUUCUUCCUCCUGCUCCACUUCCACCUCCGACGACGACACUCCCACUACCCAAAACGACACCCUCACUCACCGAAACGACGCCUCCAUCAAUGCCCUCCCACAAUUCCCUUUUCCAACUAUGUGCAAGUACGACGCUUGGAUCUCCGAACCCUCCUCCCUCUCCGAACGCCGCUCCCGCCUCCUCCGCCAGUUCGGCCUCCCCGCGCCGCCGCCUUCCUCCGCCGCAAUCCCCCGAUCAGCCUCCUCUCACCAUUGCACCGACACUUCCUCCACCGCCGCCUCGAUUCCCCGAUCGAAAUCCGACAACACCUCGGAUCGCGGCACCAAGCAUUGCAAGUCUUCUGUUGUUCCAAUCCACGACAAUGACGACGGUUUUCUCGUAAAUAAUAGUAAUAAUCGUGGUGGUGGUGGUUCUGUUUGUGUGAAUAAUAAUAGGAUUUGUGUGAGUGUGUAUGAGGAUGAUGACGACGGUGGUGGUGGAAUUGGGGAGGGUAAUGUUAAUGUCAGUAAUGUGGUGGAUGAAACUGUGCAAGCGUGUACGAUUAGGGAUUUGGAUAAUGGAAAGGAGUUUGUGGUGAAGGAGGAUGGGGUGUGGAAUGAGGUGAAGGAGGUGGGGACUGGGAGGCGUUUGACUGUGGAGGAGUUCGAGAUGACAGUGGGGCAUUCGCCAAUUGUUCAGGAGCUCAUGAGAAGGCAGAAUGUGGAGGAAGGUGGUAAUGGGGAGGGUGUGGAUGGUGAUCGGGAUGGGGAUGGUGGUGUUGGUGGUGAUGAUGAUGAGGGGGAUGGUGGCAAGGUGAAGAGGAAAGGAGGGUGGUUUAAGUUUAUGAGUUUGAAGAGUGUUGUGGUGGGUCAGAAGGAGAGGCGGAGUGGGGACGAGAAGGAUACGUCUUUGUCGGAGAAGGGGGGUGGCCAGAGGUCGAGUUCGGCCACGGAUGAUAGCCAGGAUGGUGGUGGUUUGGUUCAUGGGGGUGAGAGAGUGAGGGUUAGGCAGUAUGGGAAGUCAUUUAAGGAGGUUACGGGCCUUUAUAGGAGCCCGGAGAUUCAGGCUCAUGAGGGUUCCAUUUGGUGCAUUAAGUUUAGUUUGGAUGGGAGGUAUCUUGCUAGUGCGGGUGAGGAUUGCGUGAUCCAUGUUUGGCAGGUUGUGGAGUCAGAGAGGAAGGGCGAGUUGCUGGUGGAGAAACCAGAAGAUGGGAAUUUGAACAUCAUGUUUCUUGUGAAUGGGUCGCCAGAGCCUUCUUCUCCUGGCAUGGACAAUAAUUCGGAGAAGAAGAGAAGGGGGAGGUUGUCUGUUAGCAGAAAAUCAUUGAGCUUGGACCAGUUAGUGGUGCCAGAAACUGUGUUUGCACUCACUGAAAAACCUGUUUGCUCCUUUAAGGGUCAUCUCCAUGAUGUGCUUGACCUUUCUUGGUCCAAGUCUCAGCGCUUGCUCUCAUCUUCAAUGGACAAAACAGUGCGACUGUGGCAUUUGUCUAGCAAGUCUUGUCUGAAAGUUUUUUCCCACAGUGACUAUGUAACUUGCAUCCAGUUUAAUCCUGUUGAUGAUAGAUACUUCAUUAGUGGAUCUUUGGAUGCUAAGGUUCGUAUAUGGAGCAUUCCUGAUCGACAAGUUGUAGAUUGGGCUGAUUUACAUGAGAUGGUCACUGCUGCUUGUUAUACACCUGAUGGCCAGGGUGCGCUAGUUGGUACAUACAAGGGUCGCUGCCAUUUAUAUAAUACAUCUGAAAAUAAGUUGCAACAGAAAAGUCAGAUAAAUUUGCAGAACAGGAAAAAGAGAUCUAACCACAAGAAAAUUACUGGCUUCCAGUUUGUGCCUGGAAGUUCAUCAGAAGUACUUAUCACUUCUUCUGAUUCUCGGAUUCGACUUGUUGAUGGUAUUGAAUUAGUUCAUAAGUUUAAAGGGUUUCGGAAUGCAAAUAGCCAAAUUUCUGCCUGCCUCACAGCAAAUGGUAAAUAUGUUGUCUCAGCAAGUGAGGAUUCUCAUGUAUACAUCUGGAAAAAUGAAGCUGAUUGCAGACCUAGCAGGAGUAAAGGUGUCACUGUGACAAGCACAUAUGAACAUUUUCACUGUAAAGAUGUGUCAGUGGCCAUUCCUUGGUCAGGUAUGGAUGAUACAUGGGAGAUGCAUGAUUCAUAUUUUGCAGAAGAACCUGAGCUUGAUGAUGAUGGGGAUGAGGAUGAGGUCUCAUCGGCCAAUCAUCCUCCUACUCCUGUAGAGGAAAAUCUAGGUUCUGAGGGUUCACAAUUUGCUUCAGGUUGCAACAACAGUCCACUUCAUGGAACCAUUGCAAGUGCAACGGAUAGUUAUUUUCUUGAUAGAAUUUCUGCCACAUGGCCUGAGGAAAAACUUCUAACAACAAGGGACCGAAGCCCUCGGGUAAGUGUGGAUUUAUCUAAUGGGGUGAAUCAAAACAUGUCAGCCUGGGGUAUGGUGAUUGUAACUGCCAGCCUUCAAGGGGAAAUUAAGAUUUUCCAAAAUUUUGGAUUGCCACUUGGUAUAUAAGAGGUGAUAGAAAAAUUGUGCCUAUGAGCAUGGGAGAAUGAGUUAAACAUGAACUCAAAAGAAAAAGUAAAGGGGUGAGGCUGUUGUGUUGUGUUGUCGACUUCCACAUUCUCCAUUAGUUGGUGAGGACUUGUACAGAGGUGUUGGGGGAAAUAUAGUAUAAAGGGAGUUCCAUUUGUUUCUUGUUCUUUUGCUUAUCUGAUGAGAUAUGUUGCCAUUCCAAUCAAGUAUUUGGGGGGACAGAAAAAGAAGGAAAAAAAAUUGGGAAAAAAAGAAGUGAACAAAAGAGAAGAAAAAGAAGGUACACCUGGAAUUUGGAAACCAGUGGAUUUAUUGUAAUGGGAAAAUGUAGAAAUUAACGGGCAUGGGAAAAGCUUGUUGAAUUACAAAUGGUGAUUCUUUUACAUUUGUUAAUAGUAGUCUUGCUAUGUAAUUCAAUUUCUGGUUCAGUGAAAUUAAUUUCAAUAAAGCUGCAUGGCUACAAGUGCUUGUGCGAC